AUGGCCCCGUCCUCUCGGCCCAGCAAGAGCCGGCCCAGCCGGGAGGAGGAGGAUUUCUGUGACGCGAGAGGGGGGGACAGGAAGGCCAGGAAGCCGCUGGUGGAGAAGAAGCGGCGAGCGCGGAUCAACGAGAGCCUGCAGGAGCUGCGGCUCAUCCUGGCCGACACGGAGUUUCAGGCGAAGAUGGAGAAUGCCGAGGUGCUGGAGCUGACCGUGAAGCGGGUGCAGGGCGUGCUGCAGAGCCGGUCCCUCGAAAGUGACAAGCUCCACCGGGAGGCCAGCGAGCGGUUUGCAGCCGGGUACAUUCAGUGCAUGCACGAAGUCCAUACCUUCGUCUCCAACUGCCCGGGGAUUGAUUCCACCGUUGCUGCGGAGCUGCUGAACCACCUGCUGGAGUCCAUGCCUCUCAACGAAGGCAGUUUCCAGGACUUGAUUGCGGAUGUUUUGUCAGAACCCUCCAUCACCCCGUGGCCUGGCAGUGAGGGGCUCUCCCAACCAGCAGCGGUGUCCCCUGCUGCUCUGAGCCUAGCCAGCCCCACUUCAGCUCUUCUAUCCCCUUCCUCCAGUGAAGAGACCUGCUCUGAUCUGGAAGAGACAGAGGCCGAGCAAAGCCCGGCCUCCCCAGCUGGACUGGACAGUUCCAGGACACACAAUGUGCCUUCACCUAGCUUUUCCAAAUCUAUGUGGAGACCUUGGUAAAUAAAGAAACUGCACAGGAAUCAACAAAGAUCUACCUAAUAAUGGGAGAAUACGUGAGCACUGUGUUCUCCUUACAGCCAUUGGAAUGGACAGUGGGGCUUUCAGAUGGUGCAUUUGUGUCUAACGUUACUGUAUUUCAGGACUGCAUAGAUGGCACUCUUACACUGUCAGACCCUGACAGGUUAAUUGUUAAAUGUGUUAACAUUUCAUCUAUUUGUGUGUGAGAUGUUUUGUAACUCUUGGAUUGUUUAGGAGAGUUUGGGGUGUGAGGGAGGAAAGGGGAUUUUUUGUAGCAAAGCUCUUUGGUGGAUGCACAGCAGUAUUUCAUAACCUUGUCUUUCUCUUGGCCCUUAUAAAUGGCCCAAAUAUCACUCCAUUUUUCUAUUACGAAAAAGCCCUUGUGCAUUUUAUAUCCUGGUGGUUAACUCAAUGAGAGGUAUAUGACUUACGUGUGCAUGCACAAUUUUAAGCAUUAUAGUGAUAGUAAAGAUCCCUGAAAGGGAUUGGUGUGGUUAGUAUCUUUAUUAUUUAGUGGUCUAGAAUCUUGCCUUCAGUGAAGGAAGAGUAAACUAGAGAUCAGUUGGAAUUAGACAAACAUUUAAAAUAUUGGUGGCAGGGUGCCUUUUAGAAAUGAGUGUUUUAUGCACAUUUUGCUUUUAGCACAUCUGAGUUUAUUGUGAUGUUAUGUAUAUUAGGGUGUCAAAUGUUUUAUUUUUAAUCUUUUUAAUAAAAAAAUAUUGAAUUCACAAAUGAUUGCAUGUAUUUUGGAGUGUGAUACACUUCUAACCAUUUUAACAUUAAAAAUCCAGUUCCAUAUUGUUUGCUAUUAACAAAUUUGUAUCUGUUUUGGACACAAUGCUGGUAAUUUAGCACUUAAUUCUUGUACUAAGCAUUGUUAGCUCA